AUUGAUCGCUCGGCUUUGUGUCCUGGUGUAUAUUGCGUUUCUGUUAUUAGUGUUGCAUAGGCAUCAAGUUUGAUACCAUCAGGUUGCCACAAUCAAUUUGUGUAUGUGUUUAAUGAUUUUAAUCUUGUGAACAUUAUCAGAACAGAGAGCGACUUUCAACAGUAAGUUCUUUAAUAUGGCAGCGAAGAAAAGCCUCAUGGAAGGGCAAAAUAUCAAAGAAGAGCAAAUGAUAACAGAUGAGCAAAAUAUCAUGGAAGAGCAAAAUGUCAUGGAAGUACAAAAUAUGAUGGAAGAGCAAAAUAACAUAAAAGAGCAAAAUAACAAAAAAAAGGAAAAAACCAUGAAAAAGAAGAAUAUCAUGAAAGAGCAAAAUAUACUGUGGGAGCAAAAUACUCUGCCGGAACAAAAUAUCGUGAAAGAGAAGAAUGUCCUGAAAGAGCAAAAUAUAAUGAAAGAGCAAAACGUCGUGAAAGAGCAAAAUGUUGCUGAAGAGCAAAAUUUGAUGGAGCAGAUAAAUAUGAUUGCAAAGCUAAACAUCGCGGAAGAAGAAAAUAUCAUGAAUGAGCAAAUUCUCAUGGGAGGGCAAAAUAUCAUGGAAGAGCAAGCUUUUAACGUAUAUGGAUCGGAGUAUUCUGACCUAGAAUCAGAGUCAGAUGAAGAAAGUGACCAGUACGAAAGUACUGAAUCGGAUGAGCCAUUGCCAAUGCAUGGAGAUAUCGAUGAAAUCGAUGAUUUGAUUCCAUUCGAAAGACACGAAAAUAACUUGAACUAUGAAAUACCCUACGAACCAGUACCGUUGAGGAACUACAUGUUUCGUGAGUGGGCAGAGGCAAUACAUUUGUUUAUGCCAGCAAUGGAAUUUGCCGAAGAAGUAUAUGGUGACUGGUCACCAUGUCCCAGCCCUCCAUAUUCAGGCAUGGGCCUGUAAGCGGAUCGGAGUGAAAAAUACUAUUUAAAUUAUUUAGUUGUCUGUAACCAACAUGUCCAAAAUUCAUGCUAUAUGUAGAAGCAAUU